AUGAGCUGUCAGCAAUUACAUGGGCGUGUAGGUGGUGUUAUAAGAGAUCAGUCCAGAGGAGGGAUGAAUUAUACGGGUUUGGAUAACUUUUUGAAUGAGAACUGUCGAGGUGAAUAUAACUAUGAGGAGCAGGAAAAUAUUUAUAUGGACCGUGUUAUAAAGGUCGGUAUUUUUAAAAAUUCGUUAUAA